AAAAUAGGAGACCAUGAAAAUAUGAACUUGUAUACAGAACUGAAAAAUGAACAAAACAACCUCACAAAAUCAACGAUCCAUAACCAACAACCAACAAAAACCGUGUUAUUUUGGAUGUAUUAUUUGGGUAAACAUAUGAUAUGGUGGAUAUAUUAUGUGUAAUCUAAAUACACUUGUGAAUUGUUCCUAAAGUUGCAUCGUGCACUCAAGUUUACAUAAAAUUGCUAUUUAUUUGUAUUUUAUAUUGUGCAUUUUCAGGGUAGACACCAACUUAAUUUCAAACUAUGAUGGUCCAACUAAGGUUGCGUCGUGCCCUGGGCACGGAUUGUUGGGUAUGGAUUUUUUGAUUUUUGGGGAUUGUAACGCUUGUUUUUCAGUUAUGUAUACAGGUUGAUAACUCCAUGAUCUCCUAUUUUUAAAAGAAAUCAAGUCAAAAUUUUGUAAAAAUAACAAGUUAAUAUUAUAUUGAUUUAACUUUCUUUAAUUAAAUGAUAUAAAUACUAACCUAUAUCAAAUUAAUCAAACCUACUGUGCGGCAUGAACACGGCAGACCAGCGGAAACAACUGACGCAAAAUGCGCUGGAAAGUGUGUAUAUACACCGCAAGUUCCACGUGCCAACUUGAACAACAAUUUAUGUAAUGUUAAACACGAAAGUAUAAAAACUGGUAAUGCAAGGUCAUCUCAAAAAAAAAAGAAGGAAAUAAGAAUGUAUAUGUGUUGUGUGUUCUGACACCAAAUUAACAUCAAAUCAACACUUUCACAAGCAUUUACUCAAUGCAAUGCAAGGUUAUCUCAAAAAAAAAAAGAAGGAAAUAAGCAUUGGGUUUAAUGUACAAACAGAGGAAUUAAUUAAAAAAAAACAAAAAUUAUUAUAAGUAACAUGACACAUUUGUUCACUAAGUAUAUAGCAAACUAUGGACAGUUAUGAAAACUCAACAAAUAGGAAUAUUAGGACCCUAUAGAGCAUCAUAUAAGCAUGAAAUCAAAUGGCCAACAUAAAAAGUCAAACAUAACAAAAUAAAGAAGCACAACCUGAGUAAUAAAAUAAUGACAUAGAACCCUUCUUGGUCAAUGACAGCACCAACUAACAUAAUUUCUAAAUUCUAAAUUUCACACAAACUAAAGUGUCAAAAUUCUAAAUUUCACACAAACCAAGGGAAAUGAAUGGCAAUAAAACAACAAAUUGAAUAAGCACAACUCGUAAGCAAAGAGAUAGGUAACCUCAAUAGUACCAAUAGAACAACAAUCAAUUCAAGCACAAAAUCAUAAUUUCCACUUGAGCAAUAAGAAAAUGCCGAAUAAUGGUUACUUUUAUGGAGUAACAACAAAAGGAAUGGGCAUUAGCUUCAUAGAGGAUCCACCGUAGGGAAGCUUCUGCUGAAUAUAAAUAAUGCACAAAGGAGUAAUUUCGCUCAAUCUUUGAUGAAACAUGCAACAACACUUGUAAAUAAGAAUAAAAUUUCUAGAACAAACUUAUGAUAUGUAAAGCUUCUGGCGAUAUUGGUGAACAAUCCAUAUUGCUGAUAUGAAAAGUUCCUUAAACCAAUGAAUAAUUGCGAGUGAACAAUCCAUGCUCAAGAGCCUUGCCUGAAACAUCCACACUCAAUUUCUAAUAAUGCAACUGAGUUUGUAACACUCAGCCUUACCUCAUUCAUGGUGAAAGAUUAAAUAACUUACAAAAUGUGAGAAUGCAUGAAAAAUCAUAUUUAUUGUCAUUUUGAACAACGGAUCAAAGUACAUGUGGAUUAUAUACGUGGGAGUACCCCAAAAUGAAGUAUUCCUUAAAAAUGUAGUGACCAACUGGAUAACACCAAAUACACUUCCUAAAAAUUAAACACUCAAUAAAUUAAGAUUCACUAUCUGGAGUUCAUUUAGAUGCAUGCACAUACAUGUCAAAAAAAAAUUCCAACUUCAACACAGCUAAUUUUAACAGAAACAGCUACUAGAAAAACUUUAGCCAUGAAACAUGCAAAUCGAAUUCUCAUAAAAAUAAUCAGGAAAUGUAUUUGGUGUAUAGUUCGGGAAUAAAAUUCUUCAAAAAAUGGGCAUAGUUAUUAUUCAAGGAAUUUUCGAAAAAAAUCUUUUAAAAAUGGGACCCAAAAAUCAAUUCAACCUGUACACAGGUGGCUUGGCAGAGACAGAAUUGGGGAGUAUUUCUCUUACGCAUUUUAACAAACAUUUCAUGGGCAUUGUGUUCUGUGUGUAUUUGGGAAGCAGAGAGACAGAAAGAGGGGAGGGCGAUGGAACGAAAUACCUGGGAGAUGGUUGUGAUCGUGACGGUGGUGCUGUGGUGGUGACGGAGGCGCUUUGCUGGUUACGGUGGCGCUGGACGAUGGGCUGUGUGAGAGUUGUGUUGCAGAGAAGAGAAAUAGAAAGAGAGAAGAGUUGUCGGAGUCGUUAG